CAGUUUUCCACGACGCCCAAAGCGUGGAUUUUUUUUGGAGCAAUAACAGGGAAGGGGGAAGGAGGGAGGGGACGAAAGCGGGGAUCGGAUUUACUUGCAUAGAUAUUUAUAGCACUAGUCCGAGCUUAGUAUGUUUCCUAUGGCUUCCAUAACCAGUACUGAAACAUCUUCUUCUUCUUCUUUGCCUCGACCGAAGUACGAAUAUGAUGUUUUUCUCAGUUUUAGAGGCAAAGACACCCGCAACAACUUUGCGGACCAUCUGUACGCUGCUUUGGAUCGGAAAGGAAUUAAGACCUUUAGGGACGACGAAGAACUUGAUAGAGGAAAAUCCAUUCGGCCAGAGCUCCUGAAAGCCAUAGAAGAAUCGAGGUUUGCCGUCACCAUUCUCUCAAGAAACUAUGCGUCGUCGACGUGGUGCUUAGAUGAACUUGCAAAGAUUGUUGAGUGCAUGAAACAGACGAGGCUCACAGUUUUGCCUGUUUUCUACGGUGUGAAUCCAUCUGACGUACGCCAAGCUGGGAGGGGGAGUUUUGAGAAGGCCUUUGAACGUUUCAAGGAGAACAGACAGAGGGUGCAAAGAUGGAUAGAUGCUUUGAGAGAAGUGGCCGAUGUAUCCGGAUGGCAUUUACAGGACAGGUGACAAUUUUCUUUCUUCUUCCGCUGAGAAUUUUCUGAUUUUGACUGCAAAAAUGAGAUAUUUAUGUCAUACUUCUUUUCUCGUAUGCCAAGUAAAUUUAUCUAUCAUGCACUAGUUAGCUAAUACGUAUCAAUUAGAGCGAAGUAACCAAUCAUAUUAUGUGUGUACAGGAAGAAGUUAUAGAACUAAAAUAAGAGCUCAAGCCAAUGUCACAAACACAUAACAUUAUAUUUAUAAACAAAGCGUAUAGAUUGCAGUCUAACAAGAAGCCCAGAGAUAACAUAGGUCUCGUUGAGGUUAUGAGCUCAAAUUGAAUUUGCG